AGUCGGCGCCUAGUCCUUACACUCCGUCUUUACCAUGUUUGCAGCCUGAUUUCAGCUCAGCUGACCUAGCUCGACCUGGGCAACGGGAUGGCAGGUAAAGAAUGACAGGCACACUGCAUAUGGCUACAAAGCAGUACACACACUGAGUCUGUCACUGACACUAGUCAUCAGUGAAUAGUCACCACCCCGUUUCGCAAAGAAACUCUGCAAUUCAUUUUACAAGACUGCAGGUGCUCGCUCGUUGAAGUCCGUGCUUUCCCAAGCACUGUGGCCUUGUGUGGGUGGACGCUGCAUUUCAUCGCUGCAUGCUUCUCUGCUUCAGCCUGGUUUGAGAGAGAAAGAGAGUGUGUGUCUAUUUGACCGGUUAUUCGGCAGGCAGCGAACGGAACACACAGGCCGUGAAAUGUUUCGGAGGAAGAAGAACAAGAAGCGAGCGCGUGAGGAAGAGGAGGAAGAUGACGCGGUCUUUGCAGAUCUUCUCACUGUGGACGAAAUGUCCAAGUCCACGCUCAAGAGAGUAUCCGUCAUAUCUACAGGUUUUGGCCCUGCUUCACCAACAAGCGGUGGAAGCCAGGAGAAAGCGGACUUGGCCAACAUUCGUCGUAAUUCGCUGCGUCGAAUCUCCACUUCACUGGGAGUCCAGGCUUACAAACCGUCCCUGACGUCGCUCCAGGCUCGUCCAACAUCGACGUCCAGCAGCGCAGGAAAGCCAGCGGCUAUCAAGAUUCGCGAUCUGGUCUUGUUAGAUGAGAUAUCACAAGAAGAAGUCAUGGAAGUGUUGAAAGAUCGCUACAUGGAGGAUGCCAUUUACACAUACAUCGGCAGUGUAGUCAUCUCUGUCAACCCGUACAAGCAGCUGCGCAUCUAUGACAGCGCCACCAUCAACAAGUACCGCGGUGCCAAGGUGUUUGAUAUGAGUCUACCGCCGCACUUAUUUGCCGUGAGCGACUCUGCUUACAGCGACAUGUGCUUUCGCAUUCGCUCGCAAGUGGUCGUGAUCAGCGGCGAGAGUGGUGCGGGCAAGACAGAGGCAAGCAAGCAGAUCAUGCAGUACAUCGCGGCCGUCAGCGGGGGCGGCAAGGAGGGCGAUGCCAUCAAGACAAAGCUGCUGAAAACGAAUCCUGUGCUCGAAGCUUUCGGAAAUGCCAAAACCAUCCGGAAUGACAACUCCAGUCGCUUUGGAAAGUUCAUGAACAUCAACUUUGAUUAUCACGGGCAUCCAGUCGGUGGCACCAUUACCACAUACCUACUGGAAAAGGCUAGAGUCACCAGGCAAGCAGAAGGCGAGCGCAAUUUCCACAUCUUCUACCAACUGUGUGCGUCUGGCCAGCUCAAGCAGUUUGGCAUUUCUGAAGAUCCAAAGCGAUACGCCUACCUGAAUCAAGGGCAUGCUGAGCAAGUCAAGGGUAUAAACAACAAAGCAGAGUGGACUGAAGUGAUGAACUGCCUCACUUUCCUUGGCUUUGGCAAGGAGCAUGUCAGUGAGAUUGUGAAGGUACUCGGCGGGGUUCUGCUGCUGGGCCAGCUUGAGACGGACACUAUGAAGGGGAGCUUUGACUUGAAGAGUGCCGCCAAGCUGUUGAGCAUGAGCAGCGAGGCCCUGCUGGCAGCCAUCACUAACAACACCAUAGUAGCACAGGGACAGAUGGUGACGUCGCCACUGGAUCAAGAACAGUCAUCGUAUGCACGGCACACCUUGGCCAAAGCGUUGUAUGAGCGCCUGUUCCGGUGGCUAGCAGAGAAGAUGAAUGAGAACAUUCAGACCGAUCUCGACGAUACGCUCUGCAUUGGUGUGCUGGAUAUCUACGGCUUUGAGAUAUUCAAUGAGAACAGCUUUGAACAGUUCUGCAUCAACUACUGCAAUGAGAAGCUACAGCAGUUGUUCAUCGACGUCACACUGAAAACUGAGCAAGCAGAGUAUGAAGCCGAGGGCAUCGACUGGGUGUCCAUUCCGUACUUUGACAACAAAGCAAUCUGUGACCUGAUCGACAAGCGACCGAAUGGCGUGCUUGCCAUGUUGGAUGAAGAAUGCCUCCGUCCUGGUGACCGAUCAGACCAGAUCUUCUUGUUGAAGCUGGACGACACUUUCCACAAGAACGACUUCUACAGCAGCAGGAUGGCAUCAGGUCAGAAGUCGAUUGCCGAUGAUUCAUUUGUCAUCACUCACUAUGCAGGAGAGGUUGAGUACAAGAUCCAUGGCUUUCUGGAUAAGAACGUGGAUACACUGUUCAGGGACCUCGGCAGAGGAAUGUUUGAGAGCGGCUCUGAGCUACUCCGAGAGCUGUUCCCGGAAGGUGAUGUCUCGACCUGGGUUACUGCCAUGCGCCGGCCUAAGACAGCCGGUGCUGCUUUCAAGUCAUCCAUGGCUAGUAUGAUUAGCCUGCUGACAGAUAUGAACCCGAGCUAUGUGCGCUGCAUCAAGCCCAAUGAUCAGAAGCGACCAGGACAGUUUGAUGAGCUGGCAGUCAAGCACCAGAUUUGUUAUCUGGGCCUGGUGGAGAACGUGCGUGUGCGCCGGGCUGGCUUCUGCUUCCGUAUGGAAAUGAAGGCAUUUUUCAUGAGGUUCCGUGUCAUUAGCUCUGACACGUACCCGAACUGGACAGGGUCACUAAAGGAUGGCAUCAAGAAGCUAGCUUCCAAGUGCAUGGACGUGAGCCAGUUGGCAUUUGGCAAGACCAAGGUCUUCAUCAAGGACCCCAAGGCAGUCUUUACUGUAGAAAGCGCCCGAGAUGAGAAGAUUGUGGUGGUCGCAACUCAGAUACAGCGCUUCUGGCGCCGGUGCCAUGUCCGACGAGUGAUUGGUCCCUACUGGCAGGCGCUGUACACGACGUUUGGAGAUGUUGCCAACGACCCUAGCUUUGGCAGGCAUGCCAAGUGGCCAGUGGAUGUGCCGAAGAAAAUCCAGAACACUGACCGGCUGCUCAAGCGUGUUCACUUGAGCUGGUGGGCGAGAAGGAAGGUCCUGUCACUUUCCAAAGAGGGCCAACGGCAAAUGCGACUGCUAAUACUUGCCAAUCGGUGCAUGUCCAAUGAGUUCUCCAAACCUAACUCGGCAAGUUCUGUGACGGCCACUUCAACCAAUAGUCACGAUGGAGCAGGCAUUGUGGCUGCAGCAGCUGCCAGCACAGUCGGUCUACGGAAAGCGUUCAACUUCAAUCGCCAGUUCAAUAGCAUCUAUGCCAAAGAUCGGCCUGCAGCGUCUGAACGUGCCCAGCGUGCUGUGGAGAAGUGCCAUGACUCGCAAGUGAAGUUUGUUGCACCCAUGGCCAAGCUCAACCGGAAAGGAAAGCUUGACGAGCGCAAUCUGGUAUUAUCAGAGAGGCACAUGCUGAGAGUAGACUCUAGCUUUAAGGCCAAUGGCAAGCGCUCUGUGCCCCUGCUGAGUAUACGCGAUGUGACCAUCAGUCCCCACAGCGACUCUGUCGUUGUCAUGCACAGCAAGGAGGCUGGAGAGGACACCGUUGGUCGUCUCGAGUACGACGGUGACAAUCUUGUGCCGGAGUUUGUGGCACGGCUGCAGGAAGCUUACAUGAAGCAAACCGGGGGCAAGCCACUGCCAGUGAUCAUCAGCCAAGACCCCGCCAUUGACUACAACAACUCUGGAAAGGCUGGGCAGGCCAAGGCUCUCACAUUCAUUCCUGGCCAAGUUGAUGCGGUGGACGGCAAGCCUUCUUCCACGUGCAUCUUGACUUCUAACUCGGUGACCUACAUGUUGACAGCCAAGUAAUCGGAGCCAUUAGCUGCUGAUUGUGCCUGUUUGGCAGGUCUCCGAAUGCUGUUGCUGAAAACCUGGUGUGGGUAUGGCACUGGUCUGCUGGCAUUUACAGUAGAUGCCUUACUUGAUAAUUUAGUUCUUGAGAUCUCAUUCUUUUGUGUUAUCAAUAUGCAUGUCUACUUACAGGAAGCAUGCAGCAACGGCAUAACCACAUCUCCUUUGCUAUUACUAGGAGUUUCGUGUUUAAAAAAAGAAAAAAAAGAACACAAGAUAGCACAGCCUGAAUUAACGUUAUUAGACACAUGUGCAUGAUUUAGAAAGUAUUUAUCUGGCGUGGAGACUGAGUGUUUGAAAGAAAGUGGGUAACACUGUAACCUGUACUGCUGCCAUGCGGCAGAGGUGCACCAUUCCCAUGUGCAUCCUACGUGGCCUGUCCUAAGGCCAAUGCACCUCUUUCUUUUUCUACAUGGCAAUCUGGCACGUGCAGUGUAUCUUUUCAAUGCUGCUCAAGGAAUAGCUUUUCAUGCCUUCA